UGCUAUAAACAAUUAGGAAUCAAUCAAAUUUUAAAAAAAAAUUGUUUUAAACAAAUUUUUGUAAUAAAUAUUAAAUUAAGAAAGUUAUUUCAAUAAUUUUCAAUAUGAACACGCAGAGACAUGACACAAUAUUAAUGGAAAUUUUGCAAGAAAGACAAACAGUCGUUGGCUUUUUACAAUCUGUAUUUGGAUUUCUGGCCCGCUGCACGGAUUUUUAUCAUGAAAUGAAAGUUAAAGAAGAUAAUAUAGGUUUUCCAAGAGGUUUCAAAGAGCAACUUGUGUUAAAAGUGAUUAAACAAUUUGAACCUAAUACGGAACAUCAUAUAGAUAAAGUACCUUCAGCUACUAAUGAAGUUGAGGUAGUUACCGAGGAAAUAGUAAGUUCAGUUGAUGAAAAUGUCAAUAUUAACCAAAUGAAUAUCGAUGAAGAUCAAGUAGAUGAAUCCAAACAACAACAAACAGAACAAACUAAUAGCUUUCAAUUGAAUGAAUUCCAUAAUGGGGCCAAAUUUAACAAUUACUGUUGGUCUCAAACUAUAAACGACAUAGAAAUUCAUGUUAUUUUACCAUCCGAUAUUACAUCAUCGAAAGAUUUAAAAAUAACUAUAAAAAGUGAUGAAAUAGUUAUAUUCAAUAAACAAUCAAAUAAAAUAAUUUUAGAAGGAAAAUUUUAUGGCAAAUGUAAAAAUAACGAUGCCGUAUGGAGUAUGUCAGAAAAGAAAUUGCAAAUUAACUUAGAUAAAAUAAAAUCAUGUUGGUGGCAUAAAUUAUUGUUACAAGAAGAUUCAAUCGAUUUGAGUAAAAUGGAUUGUUCUAGAGAAUUACAUGAAUUACCGCAAGAGGAUCAGGCUACAAUUCAAAGACUUAAAUGGGAUCAUCAACAGGAAAUGUUAGGUUUACCAACAUCCCGAGAUAUUGAGAAUCGCGACUUAUUAAAGCAAGCUUGGGAUGUUGAAGGUUCCCCUUUUAAAGGACAACCAUUCGAUCCGUCUCUUGUUAAAUUUGAAUAGUUUUGAGCAUUAUUUUGAUUUUUCAUACAUUUAAUUAACAUACACCGUAUUAAUAUUUUUUAAAUCUAUUUAAUAUAGUGUAAUAUAACUACAUACAUACUUAUU